AACUUUGUUUUAAGUUCAAUCAACUUAUAAUAAGCUAUAAUCCAAUUAUGAUGGAUCAUCGUAUUAUCGUUGUCUGACAAUAAUCAAUUAUGAUUCCGCUAUAAAAGUGUAAAAGGAAUGCGGAAAAUAAAUAAUCUUUUUAUGCUGAAGCAAAUAUGUAUAUAAACACACACAUGUAUAUAUAUAUUUAUUAAGAGUGUGAUUCAUAUGUACAAACUGAUUUUCCGGUUCUAAAUUUCGAUAAAUUGUAAUUUAAAAUGAAUAUACAUCAAGUCAUAAGGAAAUUUUGUCUGCAGUUAAAUCUAUUUAACCGUAAUAUAAAUUCUUAUUAAUAUAAAUGAAUUAUCAAUACAUCAUUAUCAUUGAUAUCAUGCGAUACGGAUACAUUUAACAGAUUAAAUAUGAAAUACAGUCAAUUUGUUGGAUUAACAUCAAACAACGAAUGUUUUUUAAAGCAAUUGUGUUCUUUGCUGUUCUAGCAGUAGCGGUUACUGUGCACGGAGAUGAAGAUGCACCAGUGGGAGCUUAUCCAUUCAUAGUUUCCCUUCAAUCAUACUCACAACAUUUUUGCACUGGAUCGAUUUUUAACGAAAGAUGGGCAACAGCAGGGCAUUGUGUUCAAGCAAAUCCUUCCCUAGACAAUCUUAGAGUCAAAGCUGGGAAGUACAACAUCUACAUUAAUGAGGACUCCAAACAAACAGUCAAAGUGACACAAGCUUUCGUACAUGAGAACUUCCAAGAAUAAAUAUGAACAAUUUAACUAGCAUUUAUUCAAAUUAAUGUAUAGAAAAUCUUUAACAUAUAGAAUAAGAUCGCCAAUACACCUUAUAAUUUACGAAUCAUUUUUUAAACAAAAAUAAAAAAUAGAAUUUUUGAAAAUAUAAAUACACUAAAAAGUGUCUUCUCAGAUAAUAGAACAAUUUUUAUAAUAUUGUUUUGAAUUUUGAGUAAUUAGGUUUUUUCUGUAGCAUAACAAAAAUGAGCGUUUAACAAAAUGAAUUUCGAAACUAACAUAGUAAACAAUAAUAGUACAUUUUCCAUUUCUUUUCUUUAACAUCAACAAUUAUUUUUUUGAAGUACUUAUGAGUUAAUACAUAUAUAUAAGAAUUCUUAAAAAUUUUUGAUGAACAAAGUAAAUCUUAAGAUUUACUAUGUUAUAUUUGUUAUACAUAUAU